CCCCCAAACCGGGGACACAGUGUGCAGGUCGAGGAGCUGGAACUGAUUCCGAUCUCGGAGGCUGCUGGGAAUGUUCCGGAACAGGCUGUUCAUGGCACCUACCGGCGCCACUGGGACUCGAUAAGGGUGGAGGGUCUGCGCUGUAUGUCCCGAAGACAUAUCCACCUGGCCCCUGGUCUUCCUGGGGAGGGAGGAGUGGUCAGCGGUAUACGCAGCAACUGUGAGCUGGCCAUCUUCAUCCAGCUGAGAAAGGCCAUCAAAGGU